UCUUGGAAACGGGCCAAUGGCGACUCGAAUUGCUUUACUUUACUUUCUUGAUUAUGUUUGGAUUGAAUAGGCAUUCUAGUUAUUCUUUAGGUUAACUUGAAUGGGCAUCAUACUUCCAAAAUAGCGUUCUGUUAAGGUAGCCCAGGGGAAGUGGAUGAAUUCUAGAAGUGACCACUUGGGGUAGCUGCUACAAGUUGACAAAUGGUAACAAAACCUCAAGUUGACAUCUGCGCUGACGACAAGCAGCCACUCAGGUUGUACUUUCGUGACUUGAACCAAUGAAAAGUUAGCUACUUGGGGAGACAUACUCGGAAAGUCGUUCUCCUUUGCUUCUUUUUCUGUCUCAGCCUGAGAAGUCUUAAGGCAGUAGCAGAGCCCGUUCAUCAAGGCUACAGCAGCUACAACCAAAGAGAAUCAGCGUGAAAGGGGUGACAAGAGACGAUAGUGCCUGGUGGCAUUGUCUACUGAGAGGGUCGUCAUGGCAACAGACAUGGAGCCCACGGUCACUACCAAACUCCUGCACCUCAUCUUCCUCUCCACCUUUUGGGGAAUGCAGAUAUGGGUCACAUUUAUUUCCAGCUUAGUGAUGGACAACCACCUUAACAGACACACGUUUGGGUUCAUUCAGAGCCGGCUGUUUCCAUUCUACCAUCACAUUGGUUCAGCCUGUGCCUUCUUCAAUCUGGCUAUAUUUGCUGUCCACCACCCUAGUGAUCUUCUGGAUGAAAAGGAAGCUUUCCAGAUCUUCAUAUUCUUUGUGUGUGUGACGGUGGCUGCCAUCAAUGCCCAGUGGUUUGGCCAGAUGACGUCCGAGAUCAUGGCAGAUAUGCACCUCAUCGAGCAAGCCUGUGGACUGGGUCUGGACAUUGGCCUCUCUUCAAAUCGCGAGGCCUACGCUAAGCUCUGUGAGUCUGACCCCAAGUACAAGAGGCUAAGCAACCGCCUCUGGCUCUACCACCUACUGUCAUCUCUGUGCAACCUAUGUUGCAUAGUUUGCAAUGGCUACAGUCUGUACUACCUGGCCGAAAACCUUUCCACCAUCUGAUUCCACAAGAACUGUGCCCCUGCCGAUGUGCUUUACUCACUCAAGAUGCAAUACAGCAUUCAUGCGUCUAUGUAAGCAUCAACCCUUUCAGACACUCAGGUACCUCUGAUGCUUGCAAAGAAGAAUUCUUUUGAUGAUUUUUUUUAAUGUAUAUUUACACAAGUAUAUUUAUGUGUGUGUUUUUUUUUUUUUUUUUAAUGUAUCCUGGACAGUCUUUCUUGACAAUCCAAAUGGUUGUGGUAGUCUGUUGCAUGUUCUGUGAGUGAUGGUUUAAUGCUGAUUAAUAUGACCAGCUGUAGCAACUGCCCCUUGACUUUGAUGAAAACAAAGGGAAUAUGCGUUUGUUGUUUGCUCGUCUUUGGUGACUCCAUGAUAUGUUUGUGACUUUGAAAACGUAUGACAUGCCAAGUGCCUUUGUGUGUUAGGUUAGUUACUCACUGUUCUCCUUUUUGAGUGGCAAAUGUACCUUGACUGUUGUUCCAUAGACAUUUAACCUUUCACCUGGAUUGUUUGGUUGGUUGUGCUCCACUGCCAUUCUUACA